AUGUGUCACUGGGUUCUGCGGAUCUGGAAAUGCGGCGACAGCUUCUUCACCAAGUACUCUUCCUGUUCCUUCGACCGGGCGGUCCAUGACCCGAACAACCUGCUGAAUCCCCUUCAUCCCUCCAUCACGCCGUGCGGAGUCGUCGACAAGGCCACGCCCCAGCCAGGUGCCAACAUAAACCGAUACACCGCGGGAUCGAAGAAGAAGACUGGCUACAAGAGCGCGCGCAAAGGCAGACACAACGGCAAACUCAGGACCAAUGGCAACAACAGUGCCACCUGGCAGCCAACUCUUUCCCUGGUGGUACUUCCCGCGGCCGAAUCGUUCACGCCUCGCAACACCCCUGGCACGGUUGCCGCCAACGGAGCAAAGACAGAGUACCCCCGCGACGCGAAGACAGGAGAGGUGAUCCCGGUACCGCUCUCAGAGAUCGGAAAGGCAUCUCGGUUCGGGGACAAGUCACUGGGGGAUUCCGAGAGCAAGUGCAAUGUCUUCGAGGUGGUGCUCCAGAGCAAGGAGCCAACGGAGGGCGAAGCUGCCGGCUCAUGCGAGAGGGUGCUUUGGAGUGAGUUAGGCGGAGAGUAUCCGGGUUUCCGGAGAGAGACAACCGGUGAAGCGCCGAUUGCCGUCCACGUGCGUGUUGAUGGGGCAGGCGCAGCCGAGGACCACAUGCUCGGGCUGUCAGGCAAACCUAAUUCCGUUGAUGUGGUUGUUAGGACAGGCCGAUCGUCGACUAUUUGAGCAGAACCAAUAGACGAAGUGUUGGUGUACACAGUACGGUGUGCGUGGAUAGAGCCGGACGUCGUGAGUGGCUUGAAGCUAAUGAAUAGGGGCGCAGUUCGACGUUACAUUCCCGCGGUAGGCAGUGAGCGUCCGGAAGGCUGAAGCAUGUGCGCUUCGCUACAGGACUCAGCUCCGCUAGUCGGCAUAUGCGGCAGGAGGAUGGCGAUGAAAGGAGUCCGGUGACAGGCCCCGAAGCGGCAAGCCCGGGCUAGUCGGCUAGUCGGUCUGAGGAUACGAGAGGAUGCAGAGCGCGCUCAUGCCCCGCGUCGACUCUGCGAGAUUUAAU